AUGGGCAAUACAGAAUCAAAUAAAAAAAGUAAUUGUAUCUUCAAAAUCAAGAUGAAACAAAUGAAUAGAAAAUUGAGCAAGAAAAUUUAAUUUAACUUGAUCCUGAAUUGAGUCAAUCUUUAAAGAUUCUUGAUUCUUCAUUUUUAACUUUAAUUGAAUCAACUAAUUAAGUAAAUUGAAAAUUAUUUAAAUAAGAUCGGCAUAAAACUUAAUUCCAUUUUAGAUGGAAUGCAUGAAAAAGCAAACAAAUUUAAUGAUAAAAUAUGA